UAUGUAUGUGAUUAAAUACAAAACAGUGUUUAGUUUUCUCACUAGGUUAUUUAACGCUGUCAAAAGAAUCACCGCGCAUCGCGUUAAGCAGUCAUAUAAAACGGAACGCGAAAACAAACGGUCAAAUUAGAACACAAACUGCAGUGAAGCUCGAUUCUUAUAACGAGUAUUCUAAGUAUUAGUGGACUGACCGAACUAAACAAUUUCACUGCAAAACCAUGUCUUGGUAUUCGGAAGAGAACACGAAAACGCUUCACAUUAGUCAGGACAUCUUGCGCAGUGUUCUUUAUGGAAAGUGGUGCAACGUUUUUGGAAAUGAUCGCGAGUUGACGUUCAAACCUGACGCCCUUUUUCGUAGCAAAGAUGUUUACAAAACUGAAAACAACCAUCGUGAAGCCUUCGGACAAGUGUCAUGUCUGUCACCAAACAAUCUCGUACCACUAUUGGACAGUGCUGAAACAGAGGCGGAAAAGCCAAGAUUAAAAUACAAGGACCACGAAUCGCUUCAAUACAUGACAUUUGUAUCGCUUCCCGAACAAGUGUGCAUUGGGUCAUCGUCUGUUCCUGGCAAUAAACAUGGCGUGUUUACGAACUGUUGGAUUAAGGAAGGAACACACAUGGGACCAUUUACUGGUCACGUUUUACGAAAAGAUGAAAUUGACUUGAAAAUGGACAACAACCUUAUGUGGGAGGUGCUUAGCGAAGAUGGAGAAGUCAGCCAUUUUAUCGACGGCAAAAAUGAAACGCCUCGAAACUGGAUGUGUUUUGUGAACUGUGCAAGAAACGAACAAGAACAGAACCUAGAGGUUUUUCAAUAUGGAAACAGUAUUUAUUAUCGUGCUAUCAAAGACAUUCCCCCAGAGCAAGAGUUAUUAGUUUGGUAUGGGCCCAGUUAUGUACAGUUUCUGGGAAUUCCCGGCAUUCCACCAAUUGCUGAACGCCCUAGAAGACGCCGGAACUAUGAAGUUGAAGAAAGUAUAAUCGUCAGCCAGAUGAAAGAGUUCCCACCAGAUCACAAUGGGCGUUUGAAAUGCACGAUAUGUCGCCGAGGAUUUAACUCUCGUAGCAAUCUUCGUUCGCAUAUGAGAAUACAUACACUUGAGAAGCCUUUCCAAUGCAAAUACUGUAAGAAAAGUUUUUCCCAGUCCUCAACGCUGCGCAACCAUACGCGAUUACAUACAGGGGAAAAACCUUACAAAUGUACAGUUUGUCAUUUCGCAUACUCGCAACUCGCGGGACUACGAGCACAUCAGAAGUCUGCACGUCACAAGCCUGACAUGUUGGGGAAAAGUAGAGGCAUUUUAGCUGAUGCUCAGUGAUGGAGAGUGAUAAGCGAUACGAGAUUUCUGGAUGGUGGCAGUGAUCUCAAUAUGUAUACACGAGUUCACUGGAUGGUGGUCACGUUGGUAGGAUGACAAGAACGAGUCAAUGUAUUACAUAUUGAAAAAUAAGGUCUAAAAUUGAAUAUACCAAAAAUAGUAUUGUAAAGUAUUGUAAAUAGAUAUUGUAGAAAUAUAUUUUUAAGUGAUUUUAAACAGUAU